AUGCCCUCCCAGUCUGCCUGCCCUGUUCUUAGCACAGCCCCUGGCCCCCCGUGGGAUCUCAGGAAAUCCUUGCUAAACAUAGUACCAGAGGAGAAACAGAGCCCACAGCUUAGUGCGAAGACCUGGCGGCGUCGAUUGAAGCUGCAGAAACGCAGAAACGCGCUUUUCCUGCUAGAAGGGGACAUCUGCGUGGUCGGGAGUACCUCUGGGGCACGUGCCCUCAUUCCAGAAACAUCUAAGCUGGAGCGCAGUGGCACUGUAAUAGCUUACUGCAACCUUGAACUCCUGGCUUCAAGUGAUCCUCCCGUCUGGGCCUCCCAAAGCACUGGGAUGACAGGUAUGAGCUACCCUCAGCCACAACUGGGUUUUAAGAGCACUCCUCCAGCCCACUCCAGCGUCUUCCAUCAUUCUGUGAAAGUACCAAAAGAGGACCAAGCCCAGGAAGCCGCCAGCAGGCCUCUCACCAGCCAAGAUGGCUGGAAUCCUAAUAUCAAGAAAUGA